GUCCUUUCCACUCGUGCUCCGUGUAUUAGCUGUAUCAUAUUCAAGAUGUCGGCGGUGUCCGUGUAUCCCAUGUGUGUGCGGGCGAGCCGGGGCCUCCUCAGACUGAGGCAGGGGACCAGCGGCUCCACGGCCCCAGCGGCGCUGGAUGUUGUUAGGUCUCUCUCCACUGACACAUCUGGUAACAGUGGCACAGGAGGACUGGCCCAGGCAAUACUGCAAGAAAGGCUUCAGCAGCAGAAAAGCCAGGACCAGCCCCCUCCUGACGGAGAUGACUCUGAUCACAAGAAAAAUGAACAGGGUGAAGAAAAGAAACAGAAAGAGAACACGGCAUAUGCUAAGAAGAUGGUCCUUCGGUUAGCAGGAAUUAUGGGUCUUGGAAGCACAGUCGGCAUCAUGUACAUAUUCGGUAGUAAUUCUGUGGAUGAACAAGGAAAUAAGAUUCCAGAUGAGUUUGAUAAUGAUGUUCCUGUCAUCCAGCAGCUCAGAAGAACCUUCAGAUAUUUCAAAGAUUACCGACAGAUGAUCAUCGAGCCCACAAGCCCAAAGCUUCUCCCAGACCCUCUGAGAGAACCCUACUACCAGCCUCCAUACACUCUCGUGCUGGAGCUCACCGAUGUCCUCCUCCAUCCAGAGUGGUCGUUGGCCACAGGUUGGCGUUUUAAGAAGAGGCCUGGCAUUGACUACCUGUUCCAGCAACUGGCCCCGCUCUAUGAGAUAGUCAUCUUCACAUCAGAGACGGGCAUGACUGCAUACCCCCUGAUUGACAGUAUAGACCCUCAAGGAUUUGUGAUGUACCGGCUCUUCAGAGAUGCCACACGCUACAUGGAGGGCCACCAUGUUAAGGACGUGUCUUGUUUGAACAGAGACUCCUCUAAAGUCAUUGUGGUGGACUGCAAGCGAGAGGCCUUCGGUCUGCAGCCUUUCAAUGGCUUGGCACUGCGCAAGUGGGAUGGCAACUCAGAGGAUCGCACACUCUAUGACUUGGCUGCUUUCCUUAAAACUAUAGCCAUCAGCGGAGUGGAGGAUGUACGUUCAGUGCUAGAGAACUAUGCCCUUGAGGAAGACCCCAUUGAAGCCUUCAAAAGAAGACAAGCACAGCUUGCACAGGAAGAAGAACAGAGACUUUCAGAGCUUGCGCAACAGAAGAAACAGGGAUUUUCUUUAGGUACCAUCACAAGUCGUUUCUGGUCCCGGAAGCAGCAGUGAGGACUCGUCCUGCUCACACCCAUCUGAAACGGUCCCACCUUGACUGUGACCAGCCACUGAGAUGAGGAUCAUAGUCAGUCAGGUGGACAGUGUAUGUGUUAGGGAGGGAAGAAUGGGAGCAGAAAGGCAUUUGUGCAAAAAACAUUCAGUCAGCUGCACUGAGAAGAUGCUACCUUCCAAAAGAUGUCCCAUUCCUGUGGAAAAUAACACUUUGUGAACAGCAUACAUGCAGAUAUGGUGCCAUAAUGUGUGAUCUCACUGAUUUGAAAAUGUUUCAGGGUGGUUGGACCAGUUCCUGUCCACUUCUUGACUCCCUUAUCUCUGUAAAAACAAAGAACUGCAUAGCACCAUGUGAACUGAAACACUGAUGCUGUUUCCAGCAAGUAGAUCCUAUGUCAAACCCAUAACUGUUGCUGUAGGCAAUAGCCUGAUAUUAGACUUCAAAAAUGUCUGCUCAAAAGACACGGUGCAUGACACAAAACCUUGGAUUUAUGUUCAUGCUGCCAGUGAGAUUGUCUUGGUGAUACUGUUGCAGUGUUGAAGAGAACUUCUCAAACAAAGCUCAAUUUGGUUAUUUUUCUCUUCAUGACAGAAAUGGCCCAUCAUGUCUGAGGAUGUGCUCGUGGAACGUUCUUUGUAUUGCUUUUGUUGUGAAACACCCAGAAUAUCCCCAAUAAACAAACUAUAACAUAA